UAUAGGUAUGAGAAAUAUCUCAAGUAAACUAGUGACCGGAGACUAUAAGACUUGAAAAAGCGUGCUAAAUAUAAGUUAGAACAUUGCUUGAUCGAGUCGGACCAUAGCGACUCAUUAAUUACCAAUAUAAACAUUUAGAUGAAAGCGGCCGUUGAAGUGCUGUUUUUGAAAUGAGCAGUGAAGAAGAAGAGGACCGUAUUGUCAAGGUACCGGAUGGCAAUGGACACACUAUUACCACAAAGGACGUGGAUGGAUUAUAUAACCUGCCACCGUUCCCAAGGCUCACGACACGCAUGCACAACUUGAAGAACUUCCAGGCCAGGGAAACUGAUGUUGUCGUGUGUGCUUUUCUUAAAUGUGGCACUCAUUGGUUGUGGGAAGUGGUGUCCAUGAUUAUUCACGGCGGGGAAGCCCGCCUAUCUGACGAACCUAAGGAGCACUAUUUCUUAGAAAUGGUCGACAUUUCCGCCCUAGACAAGUCGCCAUCCCCACGAGUGCUCAAUACUCAUCUUCCAGUGGAUUGGAUACCCCCAGAGAUUUUCAAGAAAAAAUGUAAAAUCGUGAAAAUUUUCAGAAAUCCCAAAGAUGCGUACACGUCUCUGUAUUAUCAUUUGAAGGGUUUAGCUACACGAGAGUACACGGGCACGUGGGAUGGUUACUUUGAACUGAUGAUGAAGAUGGAGUCCAAACCCGGUGUCAGGGAUUAUACCAAUUGGUUUGAAUUUGCUCAUGAAUGGUGGAAAUACUCUAAAACGGAUUCCAGUGUCCUUACUAUCAUGUAUGAGGAAAUGAAGAGGGACCCUGUAAGCCAUGUUCAGAAGAUAUCAGAUUUUCUCGGCCAACCUCUGGACCAAAACGUUUGCAUGAAAAUUGCAAAAGAAUGCAGGUUUGAAUCCAUGCAGGCCAAAAAACACGACUUUUUAGAGAAGUUUAUAGAGAGCUCUGAUAAAAACAUAUGGCGGAAAGGAGCCACUGGCAUGUAUAGGAAAGGUGCUGUUGGAGAUUGGAAGAACCAUUUCACAGUUUCUCAAAACGAGCGCUUUGAUGCUUUGAUUCGGGAGUGCUUGAAAGACUGUGACAUGCAGUUGACAUAUGAGUGA